CCACCCUCCCUUCUUCCUUGUUCUCUAGUGCAGGGACACUCACUAGGCUCUGUCAGUUCUCAAACUGAGCUGGGGCUUGGAUAUUAUAUUAUACGCUCCUUAGCAGUGUGUUCUCACUCUGGCUGGACAGAAACUUUCCACAGCUAAGGGAGAAAAGGGUGGGGAAGAACAACUGACCUGAGGAAACCCUUCACUUGCAGAAUAUGGAGGGCAUACCAGCAGAGACCAAGCCAGAGGUGGAGAAGUCCACAUCCCUAUCUGUGGCUCAGCUGGCAGGAAAAUUCAAAGAGCAAGCAGCUGCAGUUUCUGGAAAGGAGGUACCACCCAGUAAACCACUCCGGAAGAAACCACCAUGUUCCCUUCCCUUAUACACCCAAAAGGAGCUGAACCACAAUGGUGAGCCGAAAUUGUCUCCAAAUGCUUUUCCCCUCCCCAGGGUCAAGGUGAAAAGCUCUCCUCUGAUAGAAAAACUGCAGGCCAAUCUGGCAUUUGCUCCAACUACCCUGAUGCCAGGAACAUCUCCAAAAAGCCCAGGUUUGAAAGUUAUACCGUCUCCAUUUAGCACUCCCCCUUCAACUCCCAGCAGCCCUGGCAUCCAGUCCCGUUCCAGUGAAUCAGAUGCGGCACCAGUCAGUUUUGAUCAACCACCAGAGGGUACUCAACUCCAGUUUCAUACCAAGGUGCGGACACGGGGAUCAAUUAAGCGCAGACCCCCCUCCAGGAAAUUCCGAAAGUCUCAGUCAGACUAUGGAGAUAGUAACGAUUUAAAGGCGACUGGAUCAUCUCAAGAAAAUGGGGCCAAAGAAGAGGAUAGUGAUGAUGUGUUCAUGCCUAAAAAUCAGAAAGAGGAGUUUCAGUCUCCUGCAUUUGGAACCAGCAGUAAAGUGUUGCGGCAACGGAUAAGAUCCGAUGAAAAGCCACCAUCAAGGAGAAAGCCCAGUGGAACAGAAAACGAAGAGGAGAAAGAGAAGGAAAGAGAGGCAGUGACCCCACGCAAGAGCAGCACAGAAGAUAAGGAAAAGCCAUGCCAGAGCUCUCCAGGGAAGAAUGAAGGGAAGCUAAGCCAGAGCACUCCAGAGGAGAAGCCAUGUCCAAAUACCAUGGGAAAUGAGGAUAAGGAGCUGUGCCAGAACACCCUAGGGGAUAAGGAAGAAAAGAGGGACAUAAGCUCCCUGGAAGGAAAGGAGCAUGGCAAUGCCUAUGAACAGGAGAAAAGGAACAAAGAAAAUAAAGAAGUGAAGAAGGAAGAAAACAGUGAGGGCAAAGACGCACAGGAAACAGGUACUCAGGAAAAAUCCCUGGAGACUGGGAUACCACAGCCUACAGCAGACACAGGAACUGCCAGUGAGCAUGGAAGUGUGACACCAAUGCAAGAACUGGACACCGAGAUGAACCCAAUCAGGAUAGAGGAGACUUUAAUGUGAAGAGAAACCAAAUAGUCUGAUUAAGGUGCAGCUACUGGAGAACUCUCCCCAGCAACAGAUCUGUGGAAUAUUAACAACAUCAAAGAAGUUCACUGUUCUUACACCACAACACUGUGUAGCAGUGGGAAGAAAAGACUGGAAUUAAGACUUUUUUUCUGUAGGUUCAAAAAGGAUGCACUGAUUGACUCUUCUUGGGAUUUAUUGAAGAACUUUAUGGCCAUGUUUGAAGACAUGAUGCACAGAAGCUUGGGCAUGACAAACACCACCAUUUCUGAGCCCAAUGUUCACCAUUACAGCAGAGUUUCAAAUUUUGUUUGUUCCUCCGUAUUGGACUUUGAUGCAGCUUAUCAGUUUUGGACAUAUAUAAAUCGUGCAUUCUAAAUAGCUUGCCUUUGAAAUAUUUUUAGUUUUCAAAUGUAAGUAAAUUAAUUUUUUUUAUAGGAGAAUUGAUUUUCUCUCGCUCACUCUCUCUCUCUGUAUAUAUAUAUAUAUAUUUAUGCUGUAUGGCAGACAAUGUGAAUCAUAAAUCUGGAAAACAUCAUUUUAAAUGGCUUAUACAGUGUCUUUGAUAAAUAUUUACUAGGAUUAGCUUUGGAUUGAUAAAUUCGUACUUGAAACACCCAACAGCUGAAGAUUAUUUUUCGGUAGGAUUUCUUGGUGGUUUUUUUUUUCUCGUGUUGUUGAUAAGUCAUGACUGAAAUACCAUAUCCACAGAACACUUAUAGCAUGGGAAGUAAUAGCACAAGCUUUCCUCACACUACUUCACAACUAUAUUCAACUUUUACUUGGAUGGGUCAAGUUUAAGUGAGUCGUCAUGACAUCUUCUGUCUUUGGACUCUACUGAGACUGCUAAACAGUGAUCAAUUAGAAUCAUUUUUAAUUUUUUGUGAUAAGGACACUUGUUUACCGGAAAUGGGACUGAAAUAAUCUAUUCAUUCCAAAUAAGCUAGUGAACUGCCCGUGUAUGGUUGAGUUUCAUUUAGUAUAGUCGAGGCUGGAUGUCAACUGAUGAAUUACCCUCCCAUAAAAAUAAUUUUAAGAGUCCAGGUUCUCUCUUUAAACUAGAGAAUUUAGAAGGAGUGUUUGAAAGGACAGGAUGACAGCAGAAGUACUCAGAUACUGUGGUGACCGAGGGACAUGUACAAGUGCUUAGAGCUGGCAUUUAGGGCUCUAUUAAAACUUUCAAAUGACUAGCUAGCUCAGGGGUCUAGUGGAUGGGCAAUGGAGCCAUUUUCCUCCAGAUGGCAUUAGCUAUUGAUUGGCCUACAUGAAAUGAGUUGGGGGGGGAGGUGUUACAAUCCCCAUUCCUAAUAGACAGGUGUUCACAUCACUAAAACCACAAACACAUUAUGUAACCCCCCCUCUUCCCAACAGUAUCAUUGAAGAGGCCAAAGACUGAAAGAGCCAUGGAGAUGAGAUCAAACUCCCUUUCAUCUUUGAAGUGGUUGCCACAGGCCAGAGGUUCGACACACUGACCAGGCAGACAGUGAUGGAACCUGGCUUUGCUGUUGCCUAUGCUGCACCUGCUCUGUGGAUGGAGACCUAUGAGGCAGAGUCAUUCUGUUCUUUGUUUAUACAGAGCCUACCACAAUGGGAUCAGCACGUGUCUUCAUCUUUGAAAUACAUUUUAAUUUUUUUUCUUGGGCUUGUAUCCCAGGCCAGACUGCAGUCAUCACUGUAACAUUUCUGUUCUCAGCAGAUGUAUAUGGACAUAUGUGAUUGUGCAUUACUGUAUAUAUGCGUGUGCAUGUUUAGAGAAUGUGUGUGCUGGCCAAGAGGGUGGAAUUUGUCCUCCCUCCCCUUGAAAAUAUAAUGGAAAAAUAGAGAAAAUAAAACAGCAGAACUGAAAA